AUGUUUAGAAAAAUUUAUCGAAUGGUGUUCGGAACAUUUAUUAAAUCGGGAGAGAAGAUAUCACUUUUUCAACUGAGGGCUGUUAAUAAAGUCGAUCGAAUCUCCAAAGGAGAAAAAACGCCAGUGGUGCAUUAUCCAAGAGAAGAGAAAUUUUUGAAAAAAAUGUUAAAUGAUACUAAAAUCAGAGAGAAAAUCGACAAAAAAUAUGACCAACUUCUCAAAAAUGCAGAUCAAAUAACUAUAACGUCAACAGACCCUCCAGAAAUACCAAAAUCUGAGAGAGAUCUUCCAAAGAGAGAAUGGGAAUAUGACAUAGAGAACAGUAAAUAUGAAUACGAAUAUGGUUUUUAUGAACCGCCUGUAGAAAAAAUAGAAGAAAAUAGACUCAUGUUUAGAGAAGCAGCCCGAAUGGAACUUGAAUCUGUUCCUGAGGAGGCAAGAGAUAAACAUCAAGCAACUUCUCUUCUCGAAUCUCAUCCAGCUCUUAAACGUGUUGAAAGGACAAAAAUAGAUACAAUGUGGAAUUUUUUUAGGCCCUUUGCUGUUUGUGAAGAGCAAAAUAUAGCUAGAAGUUAUGAUAUGGAAAACAUUCUUUCCUUUGCUCAGGGAUAUGGACCGAGGCAACUUACUAACGCUCAGGUGUUUGCUGAAUUACAGAGAGCGUCGAGACAUCUUCCUCAUGAUGGUGGGGUUGUACGUGAUGAAUCCACUGAAAUGGUUCCUGAUUUUGAAUCUAAAAGUAAAGAGAAAGGCGAAAAAGAAACUGAAAGGUUGGAAAGUUCGUUGAGAGAGCUUUUUAAGACUGAAGUUGGGUGUAGCUUAGUUAAUCCCAGAACAUUCUUUUAUGUGGACUUAUUUUUCUAAAUA